CAUAAAAGGCAAAGGUGUGACACGUUGUGCCAGUGACACAGAUUUAUUUCUCAUGUCGGAGAGGUGUUAAAAACGAUAAUUGCCCGCGAAAUGGCGACUUUAGAAGAAAGCAUGUUAUUUCGUUAGUCACCUUUCGCCCGUCCAGUGAGUAACCUUGGCUUUGUGAAGAGGAUUUUUUAUUGAGGAUCAGACUUCUUAAAAUGUUUGGUUACUUCAAAAUUUGGUUUAUCGUGGUUGCUGUUGCGCCACCUGAUUUAUUGGCAGCGUAUAUAACAAAAAACUUUGACUGUGGCCCGUACGGCUUCGUCUGUGAAGGAACAACUAAACUAAGGCUCUGCGAAGGAGACAAUCUUUUAGGACCUGCCUUCAGAUGUCCGGCAAACACUGUUUGCAACGAGGACUCCAGUGACGUUUGCGAAAAUACCAUAAAUAACAUAGAUCCAUCGAUAACUAGGACCGUUAGAUGUCAUCGAAACGAAAGAAUCGCCGAUCCAACAGUCGCAGGUUGCAAAGGAUAUAUACUAUGUAUACCUAACAAGAACAGAUUCCAAGGUAUCAAGUUCAAAUGUUCAGGAAACACAAUAUUCAACGGUUACACACGAACUUGUUCAUCGCCAGACAAAUAUAAAUGUCCCUUGUCAAAUAUAACAAAAACAACUUCAACAUUUUACCAACAAGAUAAUCGUAGAAUAGAUACUAUCUCGGAUAAUAUAAAUUACGGUAACUCAGACAUGAGUUCCCACUGGCAUAGACCAAUUGAUUGCAAGAAUUACAAGUUUGCUGUCACUCAAGAUCAAAGCCCAGUCCGUGCGACAUAUUUCUGCCCAUCUCGCGCUGCCGGUGGUGAAUCCGCAAUCAGAUGCACAAUAUUUUCAAAUCAAUUCUGCAUUACACUAGAAAGAGACGUCAAGGAUUCUUUCAUCCAAGCAGCAGGUGUUGCUUAUCGUAAACCUAGGACAAAUGUUCCUUGAAGAUAAUAAAAAGC